UGUGGUUCACAGCGUGUUGUAUAGUGUGGUGCGUAAUGGGAUGGAUGAUGUGGUGCAUGGUGGUGGUGGUGCGAUGUAUAUGUCUGGUGUAAUGCGCAAUGUGGUUCGCGGCGUGUUGUAUGGUGUGGUGCGCGGUGGGAUGGAUGAUGUGGUGUACAGUGGUGGUGUGAUGUAUAUGUCUGGUGUGAUGCGCGGUGUAGUUCGCAGCGUGUUGUAUGGUGUGGUGCACAGUGGUAGUGUGAUGUAUAUGUCUGGUGUAAUGCGUAGUGUAGUUCGCAGCGUGUUGUAUGGUGUGGUGUGUGGUGGGAUGGUUGGUGUGGUGCACAGUGGUGGUGUGAUGUAUAUGUCUGGUGUGAUGCGCAGUGUGGUUCGCGACGUGUUGUAUGGUGUGGUGCGUGGUGGGAUGGGUGGUGUGGUGCAUGGCGUGAUGUAUGGUGUG